AUGGGAAGUGGUCUGCUUGCAACGACGUCGUCUUAUCAAAACGACACCGUAUUAUCAAAACGACACCGUCUAGAACAGUCCGCAACUGAAGCAAACAAGGGGUCCGCGGCGAGAGCAGAGCCCCAAAUCCAAAUGCAGGUGGCGAUUUUCCUCUCGACACCGUGCCAGAAGCUGAACCGCCACUAUCACCAUAACGCUCUCGCCUCAUCGCUGUCUGUAAUCGCCGGAGCUAAGAGACUCAUGGUCACCAUCGCCACCACUAGCAGUAACAACCCUGGUUCGUUUACGACGCUUCGCGAGAGAGUGACAUUUGAACGACAGAUCAAAAAAAGCAAAUUCAUCGCCAUUGCUGGUCCUAUCUCCGACGAACGCUCCGCCCAAUCCUUCCUCAAUGACGUUCGAGAUCCUCGUGCAACUCAUAAUUGUUGGGCAUAUAAGAUUGGUGAUCAAUACCGGAGUAAUGAUGAUGGUGAACCUUCGGGUACUGCUGGCAAACCAAUAUAUUCUGCAGUUGUUUCUUCAGGAUUAGAUAGAAUGAUGGUGGUUGUGAUCAGGUAUUUUGGAGGUAUCAAACUGGGUACUGGAGGACUAGUUAGGGCUUAUGGAGGAGUAGCAGCAGAAUGCUUGAGAAAUGCCCCAACUUGUCUUGUGAAAUCUAAAGUUCCUAUGGGUCUGGAGGUCCCGUUUGAUCUUUUGGGGGUUCUUUACCAUCAGGUAACACUGAUCCAAAGUGUGAUAGGAAUUAAAAGUGGUUUAUCACUUUGAUCGCACUUAUACUCUGUGCGAUAUAAAAUGAUCCUGGGCUCCGGGCCAAGUUAUUAUUCAUAGACCCUUCAAACAUUGUGAGAAAAUAUGCUGAUGGAAUAAAGUCUAUGUAAUUUGUAACAACCAUUGUGUCCCUAUUCUAAAACCAUCAAUAAUGAUUAAUAAUGUGAUUAGACUUUUGAGCACAUUUGAACUGCUCCUGGGAACCGUUGUUUUACAGCUUACUUCCUUCCCCCCCCCCCAAUGUGCUUUGGUGUUUUGCAGCUACAAUCUUUUCAAGUUGAGGACAUCAAGCAGGAUUAUGACACUGGUAAAGAUGGUACCUCCAUGGUCACUUUCAAGGUGGAUUUUGACAAAGUAGAGAGUUUGGAGGAAGCAGUUAAAGUCAAUUGUAGCCGAGAUAUUGUGUUCUAUAAGCACUGAUAUAGAUUUAAGCAGCCAUCAGUUGCCAAGAUCCUUAUUACAUUUGAGGCUGGCAUAGAGGUGACAAUUGUGGGACGAAUAGCUAGAGUCUGUUGCCAGCAUGAAGUCAAUGCAGACAGUUUAUACAGCAUUCAAUGCCAGAUGGAAGAUUCAGUUUUUUUGUGGCUUUUUUUCGCUGACACAACUGGACAUCUUGGGUUGCAAAAAACUCGAAUUUGCUGGAAAGGCGACUGUUGUUCUGAUGUCAGUUGCUGUAUAUACAACUUAAUGCACAUACAAAAUAUAUUCCUUUUGCUCCUUUUUUACGCGUCUGUCCCAAUUUUCUUCCAGCAAAGAUACAUUUUUGAUUUAUACAAUUGAAUGUAGUGACUAUAUUCUUAAUCAG